GGGGGAUGUCUUGGUUGGGGCCGUGAGGUCGCCCCUCUGUCAUGGGCCCCUCACGAGGGGAGGAGAGGAUCCGUGGCCAUUGUGGCUUGAGCCAUUUGGGCUGCAGCAUGUGCGUUGGUUGAGUUCUCCUGUGACUUGUCGGGCCCGCGUAGCCUGAUCAGUCUUGGCGGCCAUGGUUGCCGAGAAAGCCCCACAGUCCCCAACGGAACAGGCAGCUGGGCUGACGACGUCUUUGGGUCCUCGCUUCGUGUGGAAUACCAGUGCGCCAUCGUUUGUCCCCGAGGCCGGCAAGCUCUACGUCUUCAACGACCCGCUUCGGCAUCCUGGCCCCGCUCAGCGCGGCACCUGUGACUCUUGGGCGGCGGCUUCGACUGGCGCCCUCGAGACGGUGGCAUUGCCGCUGCACGCCUGGCACGCGCCACGGGCGCGGCGGGCGCAGCAGGAGUGGGAGCAGCGCCUGGAGGUCCUGCAGGUGGCCGCCAGGCUCGCCGCAGCCUGCAGCAGGCCGCCGCCGCCGCAGACCUUCUCCCCCCAUCGAGUUCACUGGCUGCCGGGCCGCGAGCAGGAGCAGAACCAGUGCCCGCAGACAGCCGCCAGGCGCACGGCGGCCCCUGCGGACGGGCGCCCCCCUAGUCGGGGCGGCGCAGCUCCACAUCUGCCUCCGCGCGCGGGGUCUCCAGGCCGCCCGCGGCAGCCGUGGGGCCGCGGCGGCGGCGUGGAGGCGGCCGCGGGUCACCAAGAGGAGCGCCCCGGGCGCCCGCUGAGAGCGAUCCCGCCGGCGCGCGACUUUCCCCCGCUGCCGCCGGGGGCUUGGCGGACGCAGUGCCCUGGAGGGCCCGUGCAGCGCGGGUGCUGCGGCGGCGGCGAGGGCUCUGACGGUGCCGCGGCGGCCCCCGCUGCCGCGGUUCCGCUGGCACUCGGUGCCAGCCGCUCUGCGUGCGAGGGGCAGCCUGACAGCGAGGAGUUGUUUUGCGUGACGUGCAAGAACGCGUUCAUUGAGGUGGCGGCCGAGCCCGCCGUCGUGGCGGGGACCCGCUCGCAGUCCUCGCCGCCGUCGCGCUCGAGGUGCCGCUUGGACCAGCCCCCAACAGAGAGUCAGGUCGGGGCGCAGGCUGGCGACACGAUCCCGCUUGGCGCCGUCACUCAGCUCGCGCGGGCCCCAGACGACCGGAAGACGUCCGACGAGAUCCAGGUCACGGCGCACCGCACCUGGGCUGUGAGUCACAAGCGCAGCUCGAGCUCGGCGGCAGGAAAGCGGAAAGGCUCGACAUCACGUCAGAGGCUGCAGCGUCCAGCGAGGGCAUGGGCCACGAGCCGCUGGCCGACGCGCCAGAGCCCGUGGGCCAAGAGGGGGGGGGGGGGGGGGGCACCGCGGAAGUCUGUCCCCUCGCCGCCCUGAGCGGGGAAGAGUUGGCCUGUGAGGGUGGCGGCACCAGGUCAGAGGGCGAGAGGCUCGCGCUCGACCACCUCGACGACGAUCGCCAGGCUCACGCCGACUUCCUGAGCGCGCUCCAGCCGAAGAGCAGCGGCAUCGGCCGGGACUGCUUGGUGACCAGCGCCUGUUGCGUGCAGUGGCGAGCCUCGUGUAACUAUCGUGAUUGCUUGAUUUGGCCUCGGUGGAUAUGUGAACAGGCUUUCGACUCCCCGCCUCAGCCAGGAUCAUUUUCUGUCGGGAGCCCCAGGGGAUGAAACUACCGGUAGGGCCCAGUAAGUCGGCCGCUUACGGCCUAAGCGGCCUAAGCGGCCUAAGUUUGUAUUGCCUAAGCGGCCUAAGUUUUUUAAAGCAAUGCCGCCGAAUUGUUCAGUUUCUACCGACUGCUUGCUCUAGAGUGGUUGUAAUUUUGAAUGGUACCCUAGCUCUUCUUCAGCUUUAAGCUGGAAUCCCCAUCUUAGGCGUGCUCUGGCCCGAGCAUUCCCCUGCCGGCAGAGUCAGGUGGCAAGAUGUGGUCAGACCGCUUUUCAGGCACGUGUUGCACGUCAUUAUUCGAGGAGCUUCAGACACCCCUGUUAUUUCGAUUCUUCUAUUCUACUUCUGUUGCACUGCUCCUCGGCAACACGUUUCGGAGGAAACCUCAUGGGCAUCAGUGUUCCGUGGUCUUUGCUGAGACGCCUUUCGCCCAGCACGCCGUGUAUUCGAUGUGGGCAGACUUAACUUGUUAUUUGUGUGUACACUUGCACGGGGGAGAAGGGGGACGGGACCAGCUUGUAUGACGCUCAGAAUAGAACUCGAUGCAACGCUGCAUCCUCGAAACACGCGAGUCAAAAGGUAGCAGGGCAUACCGUAGGGGCCCAGCGCCGAUGCAAGAAAUCCGCGCGGACCUCCAGAAUCGGUCGAAAUAUUUCUUUUAUGGCGGGGUUUUGCUGCUCGAGCUGCCCCAUCCUUUCGGCAUGCGCCGCCAAGGGCGUCCCCGACCGCAUCCUUGCAGGCCGUAGGGGCGAGAGUGGGCUGUAACUUUUUCGCAGCUGGGCGAGCCAUAGAUACUUGCCUGGCGGUGCAGUCUCACUAUGCCGCUCGAGCUGUCCUAUCCUCUCGGCAUGCGCCCAAUGGCGUCCCCGACCGCACCCUCUCAGGCCGCGGGGGCGAGAACGGGUUGUAACUUUCCACAGCCGGGCAAGCCAUAGAUAUUUGCCCGUUGGUGCUGUUUCACGGGCCCCCUUCUAGUUGUCCCAUCCUCUCGGCACGCCUCCAAUGGCAUCCCCGACCGCACCCUCGCAGGCCGCAGGGGCGAGAGCGGGUUGUAACUUUCCGCAGCCGGGCGGGCCACAGAUACUUGCCAGGCGGUACCGUCUCAAGGGGGAGGAUGGGGAGGAGGUGGUGGUGCGGUGGUCAAGGUGAAGGCGGUCUGGGGACGAACUCGAAUGGCCCCGACGCAGCCUCGGAGCAGUCUCUGUAUUCACGGGGCCACACCGAGGUGAGGGAUGCAGGGCCAAUGCUCUGACUGCUUCUGGGCCUGCCCUGGGCACCUGCCGUGCUUCCGAGGCAACGCGGCAGUGCCCCGCUGGCAGGGAAACCCCACGGAGAAGUUCAGCCAGGAGAUCAUGGAACAUGCGGGUGCGCAGGGUGGCAGUCAGGCCCGACCCUUCGCCAAAGUGCUCCGCAGGCUCGGUGGCUCGCGCACUCCCGGGAGAGGUCCGCCCCGCCCCCCCCGCGGGCACGCCUGGAGGCGGAGCGCGGCCGGCGCAACCCCUUUGUCGCGUGGUCGCCUGGCCUUUCGCUCCGCGACGUCCUCUUCCCUUCCUCCUCCCCCUCCCCCUCCUCCUUUUUAAUUAACGUUCGAUUAGCAUUCGGUGCGCAGCCUGUUGCGUCUUCGUGAGAGGAAAAAAAAAGCAGACCUGUGCCUGGCGACGGUGCGGACUGAAGGAAGGCGCCUGGCGGCUGCAGGCGUGGAACAGUGUAGGACCAAGAGUAUGCUGCAGGCACAGGUGAAGCAAGGAACCGCCCCCACCAGCAUCAUCAUCCCCCCCCCCGCCACGUCCCAUACUAAGGUCCCUCGCUGAAGGAAGUGCAGGUGCCUCUGCAACGAUGCCCCUUGGCCCACGCCGUGGGCAGUACCUGACUCCGCCUGCGCGGCGGGCCCUCUGUGAGGGACUGAAGCUCCUCCACCACCACCGCCCCCCGCUUCCCUUCCUAACGUAGUCAUUUCUUUGUGUGUAUAUAUAUGUGUGUAUAUAUGUAUGUAUGAACGCCGUUCAAUUCACUGGAAGGCUGGCAUAGUUCUCACAGGCCGGCCUGGUUGGCGCCAGUGUGUGGCGCACUUGUCACACCGGAUCGACGCUUAAGCUGGUGCAGCACUGCUUGCGUGCGGGCACGGCAGAGUCAGGGAUGAGGUGGUCUCCUCCCCCUCACCCUCGCCGAACAUGCUCUGCCACCUCCUCCAAGAUGCCUUCUCCGAGGGUCGAAGGCAGCGGCGCUACACGCCCUCGCCGAGGGCUGCUGUCUCCGAGGAAGCAUGUAUUGCAGCCGUUGUCGCGUCUGGCUGCUGAGCUUGAUUCAGACACUCGUGC